AUGAAGGAAGGUCCAACUCCAGGGAACGUAGACGCUCCACCAUCUGCAGGUGGGACGGCGACCACUAUGAAGGAAGGUCCAGGGAACGUAGAGGCUCCACCAUCUGCANGUCCAACUCCAGGGAACGUAGACGCUCCACCAUCUGCAGGUGGGACGGGUGACCAAUAUGAUGGAAGGUCCAACUCCAGGGAACGUAGACGCUCCAAUCUGCAGGUCGGACGGGCGACCAAUAUGAAGGAAGGUCCAACUCCAGGGAACGUAGACGCUCCACCAUCUGCAGGUUGUUAUGAGUUAAAACAGUUCAACUGCAGUAGUUAUGAACCUUGUUCAAACUUUCAAAACCUUAAAUUUUAUGAAUAA